AUGUCCCAGGCCCUCACAGCUGUGCAUUCACACGCUGGAAGUCAACAUGGCGGCCCAUCGUAUGCUUUUUUUACGAGUCCUCGUUUCUUCUGGAAAAUCUCUCUCCUUAAGAACGGUUUCUUCGUCGUUCAGGCCGGAGGGUAUGUUUAAGUCAUAUUUUUCCUCUUUAUCUCAGUGCAAGGAAUUUUUGGAAAUUUUAAAUUGCAUUUGUGUUUGUUUUUGCUAUUCCAACUUACCAGAGACAGUUACAAACUAAACGUGUUGAUUUUUACUGCAAAUGAGUGGUAAUUAUUCGCGCAUACUUAUGAAAAUUGACAGUCUCAAUUCUUACGAAAGAGGCUGGAAUCCUUAUGAGGGGUUAAAUUUAUACUUUUAUUUUAAUUUUGUUCGUCCUUCAUACCAAAUCUGUCCCAACUGCCCUGUAAAAUAUUAUUAGAACAUCUACAUCUCUUUUGCAUUCACUAAACCUUUCGGCAAUGGCGAUCUUUUGCUUUAUUUUCCUCCUAAGCUGUUAAAUACACGCGUAUUUCCUAGUAGAUAAGUCCUAACAAAAAAGCAUUUCUCGCCUGCAUCACAAAAAUUGGCAACUUCUUAACUUCUUGGAUUGCGUUCCCAAUAUCAAAUAAGCACUCACCCUGUAGGUAGCUUCUAGUAACUAAAAAAACUGAAGUGCACAAGAGGAGUACAAAUUAUCAUUUCUUUACAGAUUUACAACAUCUAAAUUCACUGUUAAUCUUCAUGUUUUGUUAUUAAUUGGUUUAUUCCAAAAUUAAAUUACUAUUUGCUGAAAAUGGUGAAGUUAAUUGGUGUCCAGCAUUAAAUAAGGGCCCACUGUCAAGGUUUAAAAAAUUGAAAAGCAAAGAGCACUUAACCCUUUGCAUCCUAAUAUCAGUAUGGAUAUUCUCCAUACUGGUCUCUAUACAUUUCCUAAUGUGCUGGCAAGGAGAACUUGUUCUUCUGUAAAUUAUCGUUUCCCAUAUUCUCAUGACCUUGAUGUUUGAUUCAUGGGUGAUAUUGAAAGGAGAAAUUAGAUGCUGAUCACUGUCAGGGAUUAAAGGCUUAAUUGAGUUAACACAGUAUCAGGGUCAGAAACGAUACAAAAAGUAACAAUUCCAGUAAAAUAAAAAUGUAUACUAGUUACAAUUUUCUGGAUUCUCCAACAAAAUGGUUCAACCUUGUGGACAAAAGAAUAUUGUUGAAAUGUGUAAUUGUUAUCACAUUAUAUUUUGAGAAUUUAAGAGUAUGUACCUCAAACUUGCACUCACCUUGUUCUUGCACAAGAAAAUAACAAAAUUUUUACAAUUAUAUUUAUUCAGCUUUCAAGCAACUGGCCAAGAUAGGUAAUUUAUCAAGUUUUGUCAAGAAUCAAACUGGAACAUUUUCUACGUGCAACAUCCAAGCUUAUAUGUGGAAAACUGGUUUACCAGGGGCUAAGCAUCAGCAAAAAUAUUUCUUGUCCUCACCAAGCAUCUUUGCUUUUGACUCUGUGGGAAACUUUGCAAAGCAAUCACUGAUGGCUGACAUUCCUAGCAGUUUAGUUAUUCCAAAAAGAUGCGUCAACAGCCGCAACAAGCAUGGCAAACCAAAGACUUGUAAAGCUGUUGCAAACAGGUUUUUUAGAACAAGUGAUGGAAAUUUGAAAUUUUGGAGGCCAGGCAAGAAUCAUAAGAUGAUGAAGAAAGGGCCAAAGAGAAGUCGCCAACUGAGAAAGCCAGUUUUGUGCAACAAGAGACAGCUUAAAUUGUACAACAAAAUGUUAGGCCGGGGAGGACGCUAAAGUUGUUUUUCUGUCCAGUAUAAAAAUAAGAUUUGAUGAACUGAAAUGAGUUGAUUGUCCAGGUGGAGGUACCCAUCAAAAGAACUGUUAUCUGAUACUGAUGAUGACCUCUACUUGCUGUCACUAUUACUUUCAAGUGCCCUUCCCUUCCCCCCCCCCUUUUUUUCAGGCAAUCUCAUUUUCUAAACAACUGAAGAAUGUCAACAGAAGUGUCUACAAAAAAAAUUUGUUUUGAAUUGAUCUUUAUUUACUUCAUAAGUUUACAAUAAUUAUGGAUAAGAAAAAUAUUGUACUCUAAAAUUACCAGAUGAAAAUCAAAACAACCUCUGAAAGCCUCUGAAUGUGCAAGUUAUAAUGAUAUGUGGUCACUGUAUUUUUCGGUGUGUUUGGAAAGGUAAAAUGAAUUCUAAGCAUCUUUCCCCUCUUCCCCCUUUUCCCCUUUCCCCCUUUCCCCCUUUCAAAC